AUGCCGUCUUUGAAGGGUGUGGCCGAGAAGUGGGAAAACAACGCCACGGUGCGUUCCCGUGUGCGGUUGUUUGGCACAGCCUUGUCGGAGUCAUCGGGCGGUGGGCUGCCGCAUGCAAAUGUCAAGCAGUGUGCAAAGUUUCGUGAUGUCGUGGCACCCUUGGUGACAGCUGUUGUAGCAUCGCCUGUUGCCCCGGGAAAGUUGGGAAUCUUCACAGUUCACCAAGCGGAGUGUGAGCUCACGAAGCUCUACCGCACAUUGAAGGCGCAUGUGGAUGUGAAGCAGGUCAAGGCCGAAGCUUGGCUCUGCAAGAAGUUCGUCGUCCUCCUCAAGAGGAAGAAGCAGCGGCGGCAAGUGCCACGCUGCGGCGACUUCCGUCACCUCCUCAGCCUCCUCGACGGAGAGGAUCCCGAUGAGGAUGGUGGUGUUGGUGGAGAGGAGACCGAUGACAAUGGUGAUGGUUCCGAGGGCCCUGGCCAUGUGCUUGAGUCGGGAGGCUCGGUGGAUGAAGAUGCAUCCUUGCAUGACAGCGAUGUGGAGCUGUUGUCCGGAGAAGAUGAUGCUGCUGACUGCCAGGCGGUGGCAGACAUGAGGCUGGAAGAUGAUCAUGCUGCCGUGGUCAUUGAUGAUGACCCUCCCCAAGAUGUGGCCAUGGUGGAUGCAAGUGCGCCAGCAGCUUCUGCUCCGGUGCUGAGGCGUUCAGGUGCUGUUAUGAAAGGGCACACGUUCGAGGGUCCAGUCGUGGAUGUGGAAGCACUGGAUGUGGUAUCAUGUGGGGUGUCGCUUUCAGUGGUCCCGCCAUUGGUCAAAGCUGCUGGUGAUAACGACGAGACCCAGCCCCUGGACGCAGAGGUCUCGGUUGAAGUGGCCAAGGACUGGAUGUCAGCCGCUGAACUCUUGAAUGAGAAGGGAUGGGAGCCAGAUAUGAAUGAGUUUGUUACUCGACGCCAGCAGCUUGCGGCGGUUCAGGUGGCCACGACUGUCGAAGAGACGGAAGGCCAGCCGAAGGCCAAGGCCAAGGGGAAGGCCAAGAUGAAGCGUCCCGCAGCGGCUGCAAAGGCUUCGGCAAAGAAGCGGAAGGGCUCUGCCGAGCUUGCCACCAUUGCUGAUGGCCCGCCCGAGCGUCCUCAGGCUGCGCUUUCCGAGCUCGGUGUGCCUUUGAACAAUCGUGGCGAGGAUGAAAAGGCCAAUGAUUCUGCCGAGCCUGUGGAUAUGGAGGCCGAGAAGGACAAGGCUGGCUCAGGCUCAGGUGCGAAGCCGAACCCGAAGGCGAAAGCCAAAGGCAAGGCGAAGGCCAAGGCCAAGGGCAAGGUGAAGCCUUGCGAGUCAGAGGCAUCGGAUGGGGAUGUCUCGGAUGACAAUCGCACGGUGCACUUCGAUGAGAAUCCACUCCAUGCGGCUUUCUACAAAGGGCCAGAAGAUGUGCCAAGGCCACCAUCUUCGCCAGAGCAUUCGGAGCCGGAGUCAGCCGCAGAGGCUGGUGGUGACGGUGUGCCGAAGGCAAAAGGACGGGGACGAGGACGUGGCAAAGGCAAAGGCCGUGGACGUGGCCCGGUGGCCAAUGGUUCAGAUGGUGCGCCUCCCGAAUUGCCUCGCCGGGGCCGUGGCAGGGGCCGUGGCAAGGCGUUCUGUGCCAAAGGCCGAGUUCCGCAUGAGGGCGAUGAGGAUGAGUCCCAAAAAACUUUUGCGCGAAGGCGAAUGCCCAGUGCAACGAUGAACAAGAACAGGUUCUUGGCCAUUCGUGAUGCUUUCGACACCAUCAUUCGGAACAACGUGCCAAAGUUCCCUUCGAAGCAGGAGGACCUCUCUAGCAGCCUCGCCAAGCUGUCAUCAUUGAACUGA